AUCUAACAUACACCUGAAGAAUAAUAUACAUGAUUUUUUGUAAUUUCAAAAAAAAAAAUCAUCUAUAAGUGACAAAAGAGAAUUAGUCCAAUGCUAAACACCCUUGUUUUCGAGUUUCAACCGUAUGAUUGUGAGUUUAAGUAAAAAAAAAAAAGGAGACAAAUAAGUUAACUAUUAAAUGAAUGAUAAAACCUUUUAUUAUAUUAAAUAAAACGUUUUAGAGAUAGAAAGGUCUAAUAAUACCCAUUUUUAUAUUCUUUUUUCCUUCUAUAUCAAUUAGACAAUUACUUUACCUUUAUUUUGCAAGAUUAUUAAAUUAUUUCCUUGAUAAUAAAAAAACAAAUUUUGUUUUUAUCCACACGACUCCAAUCCAUAUCAUUAAACAAAACAAAAAAUGUUGUUUACUUGUAUCAAGCUUCUAUAAGUGUUGAAAAAAAAGGUCUUUUAGACUCAACCAAACUAAAACUCCAUAUAAUAUAUAGUCCUUUUUUCUCCAAUAUUCCCCUCCAUCCUCUUUUCUCCUACUAGAUAUUGUUACUUUGCUCUUUCAUUCCCACAAACGAAUUAUUAUUUUUUUGGUCUAUGAUUUUGUAACAUCACAAAAUUAAAGGUCCAAAAUAUGAAAAAUAGACAACAAGAUCAUGUGGUCACAUUUAUUUGGGCAGAAAAAAAUAAUGUGAGGAGCAAUUUUAGAAGAAUUUUGACCAUCUUCAUCUUUUUCUUUGGUCUUCUAUAUGUUUUAUUAUACUCCUUAAUUUGUUUUAACCCUUCAUUCAAGUUUACUCAAAGACCUUUAGAUACUUUUAUGAGAUUUAACCAAGAAAAUAUAAUCCAAAAAAACCUUAAUAUAAUUCCCCCAGAAAAAACUCAGCUUCACCAUAUUGUUUUUGGUAUUGGAUCAUCAAAUGCCACGUGGAAUUAUCGAAAGGAGUACGUAAAAUUAUGGUGGAAUCCAAAUAAAAUGCGAGGAUUUGUAUGGUUAGAUAAGAAUAUGAGUAGUACUAGUAAUUAUGAUAAUGUUACUACUUCUUCUUCUUCUCUUCCAAAAAUCAUGAUUUCAAGUGACACGUCAAAAUUCAGUUACACGAAUAAAAAUGGAGAUAGGUCAGGAAUUCGUAUAUCCCGAGUUUUGUCAGAGACAGUAAGGGCAGAUUCGGUAAACGUGAGGUGGUACGUGAUGGGGGAUGAUGAUACGUUUUUCGUGCCCGAAAAUUUGGUUAGGGUAUUGAGAAAAUAUGAUCAUAAGCAAUAUUAUUAUAUCGGGAGUGUAUCGGAGACACAUUGGCAAAAUCAUGAGUUUUCUUAUAAUAUGGCUUAUGGAGGUGGAGGUUUUGCUAUAAGUUAUCCAUUGGCAAAGGCAAUUGAAAAAAUGCAAGAUAAAUGUAUACAAAGAUAUCCAUAUUUAUAUGGAUCAGAUGAUAGAAUGCAAGCUUGUAUGGCUGAACUUGGAGUUCCUCUUACUAAAGAAGUCGGAUUUCAUCAGUUUGAUCUAUAUGGUAAUGUAAUGGGCCUCCUUUCAGCCCAUCCAGUUGCCCCAUUGAUUUCUCUUCAUCAUCUUGAUAAAAUUGAGCCCAUUUUUCCCCACGUAACCCGAUUUAAAGCCUUGAAACGUCUCAAGAAGCCCAUUACACUGGACUCAGCUGGGCUUAUGCAACAGUCCAUAUGUUAUGAUAAGCCCAGAAAAUGGACCAUUUCUGUGUCAUGGGGCUAUUUGGUCCAGAUAAAUAGAGGCAUUUUACCGGCCCGUGAUAUAGAAAAGCCCAUUGCAACUUUCAAUGAUUGGUAUGAAACUAAGGAUGAGAAUUCCCUCACAUUCAACACAAGACCAUAUCAUGGGAAAGGUUGUCAAAGACCAUAUUUCUACUUGUUGUCUAAUGCAUACGCGUCGACUAAUGACACAACGACAAGUGUAUACGAGCAUGAUGGGGCACCCGGAGGGAAAUGUAAGUGGCGUAUGGCUGAUCCAUCCAAGAUACGACACGUGGAAGUGUACAAGAAGCCUGAUCCAAAUUUAUGGGAUAAGUCUCCAAGAAGAAAUUGUUGCAGAGUUUUGCCAACAAACAGGAAUGAUACUCUUUUAAUAGAUGUAGGUGAAUGCAGAAAUGGUGAACCCAUUUGAAUGUAGUGACAGAUAAAGACUUUAUUUUUUCUCA